AUGAGGAACUUUAUCUGGCUUUUCCUCAUCCAGCUAGCUAUGGCUGGCAACAUCAUCAUCUAUGACAAAGAGUACGUCUUCCGCUCUUGCAACUCCGUGAUUUGGUACCAAGGCUCCUUCUGUAUGCCAAGAAACUUGUCUGAAGAAUCGUACGAACCUCUCGAGUCGUAUGAAUGUUACUGCAGCAACAAGAACGGGUUGGCUACCCUCAUGGGCUGCCUUGCAGUCGAAGGCCAGAACAACGACGCCAUGUACAAGAAAGUGGUGAAGGAGUGUGCCAAGUACGGGGCUCAGGUAUCCACUUCCGAUCUUUCUGCGGCAUAUCAGACGUACCUCAAAGAUGCAAAGGACGUUUAUGGCAAUAAGAGUUACGACAUGAGCAAACCCGUGGACUACCCCAUCAAGCUUCUGGACAAGCAGAGUGUGAUUAUUUCUCGUGAUACCUACCAUGUUUUCUUCCGCAACUUCAACUACUCCUUGUCUUAUGGCGGUAUCUGUCUUGCUUACUGGGCCUUGAUGGUUGUCGGUGCGUUUGUGUGCAACUGGGUAGUGUAUCUCUUCCCUAAUCUGCGUUUGUUCCUCAACGGUCCUAUCAGCAGAACAUACCGCAGAUAUGUGGAAUAUCCAGCUUUGCUUGGAAAGAAGAGAAAUGUGCCACAGAGAUUUUUGUACUUUUUCGAGUUUUUGAUCCCCACUAGAGCGGAGUCUCUUAUUGUUUUUGGAUUCUUUGCCGUGUGCGUUAUUCUUUGUGCUGUGAAUAUCGACUUUGUCGAAGGCCAACAGCUCUACCCGGGCAAACAGGCUUUCAUCACCAGAAUGAUUGUCGACAGAACAGGAAUCAUGUGCUCUAUGCUCACCCCAUUGUUCUUUUUGUUUGCUGGCCGCAACAACAUUUUGCAAUGGAUUACUGGCUGGAAGUAUUCCACCAUGAUUAUCUACCACAGAUGGAUUGCCAGAAUUGCCGUGACAAUGGCAUUUAUCCACUCGGUUGGAUUUACUUGGAUCUAUUCCAAGGAGAAGUACUACACCACUGCCAUGAAGGAGGCUUGGUUGAGAUGGGGUGUCGUCGCUACUACAUGUGGUGGUCUUAUUUGUUUCCAAGGCCUUCUCUUUUUCAGAAGAAGAUUCUAUGAAACUUUCUUGGUGUUGCACAUUUUGUUGGCUGUCUUCUGGGUCGUGGGCAUGUGGCACCACUUGAAGGCCAAGGACUACCAACAAUUGGUUUACCCAGCCAUUGCUGUAUGGGGCCUUGACCGUGUUCUUAGAGUUUUGAGAUUGUUUUGGUUCGGCAUGCCCGUUGCCCAAGUGACAUGGCUUCUAGAUGACACUUUGAAAGUGGAAGUGCCCAAGCCCAAAUCAUGGCCAUCUGUUCCCGGCGGACAUGCCUGGCUUCAUUUUGGAUAUGGCAUGUACAUUUUCCAAAGCCACCCAUUCACAUUCAUUGACUCGCCUACCAAGGAAAACACCAUUGUGUUCUUCUGUAAAGUAAAAGGCGGAAUCACCAAAACCCUUGUGAAAGCUUUGCACGAAAAGCCAGGAAAAACCAUGCCAAUCAGAGUGACUGUGGAUGGUCUAUACGGAGAAACUAGUCCUGUGAAGCACCAUUCGAGUAUUGUGUACGUUGCAGGUGGAAGUGGUGUUUCGGGUGUGUAUUCUGAGGCUAUGGCGAUGUCCAGAAAGCUUUCCACCACAUCCAAGAGAGUCAGAUUGGUGUGGAUCUUGAGAGAUUUCGUUUCCGUGGCUGGAUUCACGGACGAGAUCAAGGCUACAAGAAAUUCCGGUUUGCUCACAUCUGUCUACAUUACACAACCAGAAGCUACCGUGGCAGCUAAGGCAUUCCUCGAAAGAAAUAACCUGAGCAGUCUGGACGAGAAGACUCGCAUCGAAGAAAAGGUUCGCUUGGAAGAGAAAUACGGUCCCGGUUUUGCCCAAGAAGAAAAGCAAGGAAUGUCCCAAGGUAGUGACAAUUCGAGACAAGAUGCCUUUGGCUUGGCUGGUUUGGAGUACGAGUUCCCAGAUAUCGAUUUCCAUGUCGGCCGGCCGGACUUGAAUGCGCUUAUCGCUCGCGAAACUGAACAAGCACCUGCCUCUAUUGCAUUUAUUGGAUGUGGUCAUCCUAUCUUGAUUGACGAUCUCCGGUACUCCAUUAUCGAGUACAUGGACAAGACGGACAAGAGAAUAGAUUUCUACGAGCAGUUGCAAGUGUGGGCUUAG